ACCUUUUUAUUCAGCAUUAGGGUUUAUCUUCUUUCUUGUUGGUCUUGUUGUCGCCGGUGCAGCCAAAGAGGGGAGUCGUUCUUCUACUCAAUCAUUCAUCAUGGGUCGUAUGCACAGUCGCGGUAAGGGUAUUUCAAGUUCAGCUCUUCCUUAUAAGAGGACUCCUCCAAGUUGGCUCAAGAUCUCUACUCAAGAUGUUGAGGAGACCAUCUGCAAGUUUGCAAAGAAAGGUCUAACUCCAUCUCAAAUUGGUGUUAUUCUUCGUGACUCUCACGGAAUUGCUCAGGUCAAGAGUAUCACCGGAAGCAAGAUUUUGCGCAUAUUGAAGGCUCAUGGUCUUGCUCCUGAAAUUCCCGAAGAUCUUUAUCACCUGAUCAAGAAGGCAGUGUCAAUUAGGAAGCAUUUGGAGAGGAAUAGGAAGGACAAGGAUUCUAAGUUCAGGUUAAUUUUGGUUGAGAGCAGGAUCCACCGUCUUGCGCGCUACUAUAAGAAGACAAAGAAGCUUCCACCUGUUUGGAAAUAUGAAUCAACAACUGCCAGCACUCUUGUGGCUUAAGAAGAUGAUCAGUGAUAUAGUUGUGCUGUCAGAGUACUUUUUUUUGUAUGCAAAUGAAUUGCUUUGAUGUGAUUUUCAAAUUUUGGAACAUUUGAAAUUCAUGUUAUGACUUUUUUUGUGAUGUUAGUUUUGAUGAUUGAUCUUGUUUCUUUAAUUGAUAUACACUUCUUUUUUCUACCUAAUAAUAGUUUUUAAAUUUUAUA